CAGCUGCUGCAGUUGAUGUCCUUGGCAUUUUAUGAUUCUUCUCUGCCUCUAAACUGCUUCGUUCCAAGAACAACCAUGUUUGAUCCAUAUCCCAAACAAAGCAACUCCAUUUUAUUCUGUGUAUGACCAAAACAAUGAAACACCUGAAACCAGCUGUGCGAUGCAUGGAAUACUUUUGCAAAUCACUACUUUGGAGGUACAUCUGGUGACUACGGUGACAACAGAAUCAAUAGAGGCAGAAUAGGUAAUGAAUCACAGUGAAGAAGUCUGGCUGUCUCUGAAGCCCGGUGAGCCACUGUCAUCUCAGUGCUGUGGCAGUGGCUGCAAACCCUGCAUUUAUGACAUAUAUCAGAAGGACCUGGAGAAGUGGGAAGAGGCCAAGGCAAAAAAUGAUAUAAGCCUUCUCUCCAGGAAGAAACAGCAAAGUAGCAAUUCAGACCUAACUCCAGAAACAUUUACGGCUUUCAUCAUAAGCUCUGUGACUCAAUUGACAGAGGACACCUACCAGUACGCAUUUGAAUUGCCUGAAAACAGCAGCUUGGGGUUGAGUUUAGGACAACAUAUUGUGCUGAGAGGAGUAGUAAAUGGUUUGGAGGUUCAGAGAGCCUAUACUCCAAUUACGCCUGUGCAUGCUGAAGGAUACUUUGAAGUUUUAAUAAAGUGCUAUAAAACUGGACUGAUGUCCCAAUAUAUAAAAUCAUGGAAAACAGGAGAUGCCAUUUUUUGGAGAGGACCAUUUGGAGGCUUUCCUUACACAGCCAAUCAGUAUGGAGAACUACUCAUGCUUGCUUCUGGCACAGGUAUAGCACCAAUGCUUCCUAUUAUUCAGUACGUAACUGAAAAUGAAGAUGAUGAAACUUUUGUAACUCUAGUAGGCUGCUUCAGAACUUUUGAAAAUAUUUACAUGAAAUCUCUUCUUCAAGAACAGUCUCGAUUCUGGAACAUAAGGACAUUUUAUGUAUUAAGCCAGGAACAUUCACUUAAAAAUCUGCCAUGGAGCUUUCGAGAAACUACACAUCUUGGUCGAAUAAAUGAAAACCUUAUUAAGAGUAUGGUGAACAUGUGUAGAAGGCAACCUUUUGUACUAGUGUGUGGCUCAGUGACAUUUAAUGAAGAUAUGGAGAAGUGCUUGAGAGCAAUUGGUUUUGAAAAAGAGUCAUAUUUUAUAUUCUAAAUGGCUUCAAAUAAAGUGGGUACCUUGGCUACAAAUA